UUGGCGGUAUUUUAGUGGCCGCCUGCGGCUUGUUCCUCUCGCCGCCGCCGUACGCCGCCGCUCACCUCAACUGCCGUUCGUUGCGCCUAUGGAUGGGAGGUGAAAUUCUGAUUUCCAAUCUUACCAGAUUGUGAGAAAAGAUCAGUCAGCGUUCGAGAUCGCAAGAACAAGGAUCCAUAUUCGCCGAACAGAAGCCAAAGCAACACUCGGGGAGCUGCAGCAGGUGGUAAAUCAUUGAAUUUGGAAUGGGAGAUACGAAGGUUGAUGGUAAACUGACAAGGAUGGUGUUUGUUACUGUGGGAACAACGUGUUUUGAUGCUUUGGUUAGGGCGGUGGACACUGAGCAAGUAAAACAAAAAUUAUAUGCUAGAGGCUAUACCCACCUUCUCAUUCAAAUGGGACGUGGUACAUAUAAUCCAACCAAGUCUCAUGGAGAAGAUGGGCUUGUUGUAGACUAUUUCUCUUUCUCAUCAAGCAUAGCAGAUCAUCUAAAGUCAGCUUCUCUUGUAAUUAGCCAUGCUGGGUCCGGAAGUAUAUUUGAGACAUUGAGACGCGGUAAACCUUUGAUUGUAGUAGUGAAUGAAGAUCUAAUGGACAAUCAUCAAAUUGAACUUGCUGAAGAACUAGCUGAGCGGAAGCACUUGUAUUGUGCUCGCCCCCAAGCACUACAUCAAACUAUAGAGGCCAUGAAUUUGGAGUCUCUCAUUCCAUACACACAAGGUGAUGCUAAACCAGUAGGAAGGCUUAUUAAUAGGUUUCUGGGUUUUCCUGAAGAUUAAUGAGAUUUUAAAGUUUCUUUGUCCAAAUUAAACUCUUUAAUUGGUUUAAGUUAUCAAUGUUAAUAGGAGUCAUGCUCUGAGUCACUACCAACAUGUGUAUGGUUUUAUUUUACAAACAUUACGGAAAUAAGAUUUUGGCUUUUGUUACUUUUUCAAAGAAAAGGCAACUGUAGAAAUUUCUGAGCAUAAUACUUUUUUCAUGAUCCAA